UACAGGAUUACAAAUAAAGGAUGUGGCUUUCAGCUUUUUAAAGCACUGAGUUCUUACACCUAAUACUAGCCUGAAUUUCUCUUUUCUUUGAAGUCAUUUUUCUCUUAAAUCGAAACCCCCCCUGGGUUUUUAAUUUCAAAAUCAUCAUAAUUGCGAAGGAGGACUUUUUUGUACUGUAUUUUUCAACAAGGAUAGGAAAGACUUUCUCCUUUGAGUCAGAAUGAAUCGGGUGGAAGAAUGGGUGCUGGAGAACAGGAGCAAGAUCGAGAAAGGAAUGGAAAUCAUGGGGCAGGGGUGUGAGGUUUUAGCAGUCACCGUGGGACAACUCCACCCCAUCCUGGAGGCCGUGUUCAUGGUCUCAGCCGAGCUCCUCAACAACCCGGAGGGUAAAGAGGCCAAGUACCUCACCGAACAGUUUGAGAAGAUCAACCAGAAACUCGAAGGCAUCCAAAAUGAAAUCGGCAAAAUAGCUUUGGAGCUGCAGCGGACAUCCAUGAACAAGCAAAACUUUGACAGGGAGGCGCAGAUGGUCAGCCAGUACGAGAAGUUUCAAGACUUUGUCAAUGCUAAGCCCAAGUUCAAGAAGAAAAAGAAGGACAUUUUUUUGAGCCAAUAUGAGAACACAGAAGCAGAUUUGAACAUCGAUUCCUUGUACAAUGCAGUAAUUGGAGAAAACACCUCUGGAGUUCCCAUGCUGGACACUGUGGUCAACACUGAGCAGCGGAGCAGAAGGGCGGUGGAGAAGUUUUGCGCCAGGCUAAAGAAGCUGUUUUUUGUGGGAAUUAUAGCAGUCAUGGGUCACACUGCCCUAAAGGAGGGAGCUGUAGGCGAAGCCAUUGUCAAGAAAUGGCAGGAUCGCAUGGAAGAGGUUGAGAAACGUAUGAAGGCAGCCGUGGACGAAUGCAUCAAGAAUUUCCUAGAGCAGGCAGAGAUUGAUGUGAAGCAGCAACUUGGGGAGCGGCAAGCCUCGGUUGACCCAGAGUUCACUUCAUUUAUACUCGACAUCCUUGCCAAGAAAUACGACUGGGUGUGUUGGUCGGUUCGGGUCUUCAACCACAGUGGCCUGUUCUUCUGGAACUGGCUUGCGGGCAAACCGUACCACGGAGAGGGAGAAAUUGGCAACUCUAUUGAUCUUCUGACCGAAAACGGCAUCAGAAUCGUGGUGUCGUUCAGUGCAGACCCGAAACCGAUCAACAAGAGCCAGGUGCUGGAACAGAUUGAAACUCAGAAGUUAAAGGGUAACAUGAUGUCUGUGGCUCAGUCUCUGUGCAGCUCUCUUCCCAACACCAUGGUUUAUACCGUAAGCCGCUAUAAGAACAUAGAGGAGAAAAACAACUUUCAUCAAGAAUGUUACUACUUUGGGAUUCACAAAAAUGCCUAUUUUUGCAUUCAUUCUAAAUAGAUGUGUGAAGACUGGAAACAUACAAAUGGCUAUCAGUCUUCAAUAUAUUUUUUAUAUUAGAAGUAUGAUCGUAUCAACAUGAGAUAAUGAGAUAAUUUUUUUUUCAGCAUUAAUCCAGAGCUUUUGUCAAGCAGGAAGUGCGCUUCACGCUCCAAGAGACCAACAUCCAUGCAAACAGCCACCAAACGCCACCAGUAGAAGAUCGCCUCGAACGGAAAGCGCGUUUCCUGCUUUGGCAUUCACGCUAAUAGUGUUGUAAAUAACGUUCAGUUUCUUGCAAAAACUGAUUGAUUUGUUUCACAACACGUCAAUAUGUCACACAGAGUUAUGGGGGAUUACUUUUGUAUUGGAUAUAUAUGCUUUAGCUCUUAAAGUGGCGGAUCGGUUGACUUGCAUGACAGAGCCCUGGGGUUUCUGCAAAAUAUCUCCUUUAUUGUUCUACUGAUGAAAAAACAUAUUGGAUGGUGUAAGUGUUAGUA